UCUGCUGAUUGUUUUCAGAAAGCUAGGGAAGACGCAAAGAGAAAAUAAGAGACAGACACUUUCCUCAGCAACAAAGCAAACAUUGCUAAAACCCGUCCGAUUGUUAAGUUAGUGGGGGAUUUGUACCUUCAGAGCAGGUGGACGUCGUCUUUGUUGAUUCGCCGCGAAGUCGUUGAAGCAGAAGUAGCGUGGUGGAAAUGGCCAACAAAGGUCUGCAGCUUUUGGGAUUCGCCCUGGCCCUUUUGGGUGUAAUUGGACUGAUAAUUGGCACAAUUAUGCCUCAGUGGAAGAUGUCUGCUUAUGUUGGGGACAACAUCAUCACAGCGGUGUCCAUGUAUGAAGGACUGUGGAUGUCCUGUGCGUUCCAGAGCACAGGCCAAAUGCAGUGCAAAGUCUACGACUCAAUCCUGCAGCUCAACAGUGCCCUCCAGGCAACCCGCGCCCUGAUGAUUGUGAGCAUUAUUGUAACAGUGGCCGGCUUGGGCGUAGCUUGCAUGGGAAUGAAGUGCACCAACUGUGGAGGAGAUGACAAAACCAAAAAGGCCAACAUUUCAAUUACUGGUGGUGUUAUCAUCCUGGUCGGAGCUUUGUGUUCUGUUGUUGCCUGCUCCUGGUAUGCUAAUGACAUCAUCAAAGCCUUCUACAACCCUUUCACCCUGUCAAUACAAAGUAAGUAUGAGUUUGGUUCUGCCAUCUUCAUUGCCUGGGCUGGCGCAGCCCUGGCUGUAAUAGGAGGUGGCAUGAUGUCCGCAUCGUGCCGCAGACAAAAAUCUACACCGAAGUAUCCCAUCUCCAGACCUCCCAGCAGCGGCAAGGAAUACGUUUGAACAGGCAGGACUCGGUGUUAGAGGCUGAAGGAACACUUUGACAUUCACCCUAGUCCAACUCAGAGAUUGAAAGGUUGAAAAGAUAUAUCCCAGGAAGUGAUCAGUACCAGUUUUAUUUUAUUUUUUUAAUUUGUCUCUUAGUUUCUUCAGGGAACCUGUGAU